AUGUCCAUCAAGCAAGAGGCUGACGAUGGCUCCAACGAUAGACUGGCCAUCUUGGAGAAUCAGUAUAUUGAGGAGUACAAGAGACGGCGCCAACAGAGCCUCGAGAAGACCUCACAUGGCGUUGCUGUCCAAAUCAAGCCCAUGUACGAUCGUCUGAAGAUGGCAACCCAGAAAGCCGAGAAAGAUGCCGAGGAGGUGGGUUCCUGGGACAAGGAGCUGAGGAAGGUCAAAGAGAAGAUCUUGCGGCUUGACGGAGAGAAACCCCGGGCGAUGAACUACAAGAAGACAGUUGAGCAGAAAAGAACAAGGCUGCUCUACACGCUUAUGGAAUCAGGAAGCCGUGCCAUGAACAGCUGCAUUGCGGACCAGUACGCAAUUGAGAUGAGCACCCAGCCCAGCAGGGCAAAUUGCGGGGCCCGAGUUGUGGUCGACAUUGACUGCCUCUCUUUGGAGGACUUCACGCCGCGGGUCAAGUCCCACGUGGCCUACAUGGACUUCUGUACGGACAUGGUGCUGAGGCCUGUUGACUUGGGCACCGCUAAAGCGGAGGCGUCCCGUGCUGGCACACCAUCGUCGACACCCGACUAUAACAUCAGCGUUCCCGGACAGUGCACGAGUACUGCAAGACCGAGAACCGGCGCUGAACCGCCCUCUGGUGAGGAAUCAUUGCGCCAAGUGUCGCAGCUGACUUUGAAUCUUUUGUGCCCCAAUAGCUUCAGUCCAGAGCAGAGACCUGCCGACCUCACCACCGCAGCAGCGGAGGCGUCCCCCCGCUGGUAA